AUGCAGCCGCCAUCGCAGUACCACCAGUCCUCCUACUACGCCGUGCUCGGCGUCCACCCAGGCGCGUCCGCCGCCGAGAUACGGGCCGCUUACCACCGCCUCGCCAUGAGGUGGCACCCGGAUAAGAUUGCCAAUGGCCGUGUGGAUCCGGCGAUCGCGGAGGAAGCCAAGGGAAGGUUCCAGAAGAUACACGAGGCAUACCAGGUGUUGUCGGAUCAGAAGCGGAGGGAGCUCUAUGACGCCGGGAUGUACGACCCCCUCGACGACAGCCAACAAGAGGUCGAGGGCUUCCAUGAUUUCCUUCAGGAGAUGCUCUCGCUCAUGGCCACCGUUGGUAGAGAGGAGCCCGUGUAUUCCCUGGGGGAACUCCAAUCCAUGCUCGACGGGAUGAUGCAAGAUUUCAGCUCCCCCCAACCGCCACCACCAAGCAGCUUCUUCACCAGCACCGGUUCGUCGACGCGGUUCAGCGCACCCAGCGGCGGAGCGCAGCAGCAGCGUCGACCCCCCUCCCGGGUACGGCCUCAGGGGUUCGGCAGCUCGGCAUGCUUCAGCCAGACGGCUUUCUCGGGCUGCUAA